UUGAGCCGCGCCGGACGUGGGAUUACAGUGCGAAUUGAGGGUUAAGAAUUCGUACGUACUUUGAUGAGGACGAAUGUGUGGAAGUGUUAAUCGAACGGUUGUCGGUCGUAUGUUUUGGCGACGAGUAUUCAGGAUAUAGGCGGUGCUAUGACGAUGCUCGCGAUGGCGCGAGGAUCGGAGGACAGGCGCGAGGAGCCUGACGGGGAGACUGAGGCGGAAUGCGAGGCGAACGGGGAGGUGGACGUCGUGGGGGUGGAGGAGGCGGCUCCGGUGGACCUGACGCGGCGGCUGGGGCUGACCAGGCCUCCUGAGAGGCAGGCCAUCGCGUUCUCCGUGGAGAACAUCCUGGACCCCAACAAGUUCACGGGACGGUCGGAGGUGCCGCUGCGAUACGAUGAACAGUACUGGAGGCCGCACUACGACCGGGAUGACAGUGACUCCGUCAAAGACCACCUCCAACACUCGGACCUGGAAGCCGACGAUGUGGAGACCGACGACCAAACCUCCAAUAUGGAUGACGACAUCCUUACCCAAUCCGAUCUGGACGAGAAUGGGGACCCAAAGAGUCCCACCAGCUCCAGCUCCAAGAAAGGAAAGUCUGGGUCUUCCAGCAGAGAUUCUAAAGGGGGCACUAAGCCAAGAAGGGCGAGGACGGCCUUCACGUACGAACAGCUGGUGUCUUUAGAGAAUAAGUUCAAGACCACGAGGUAUUUGUCGGUGUGCGAGAGGCUGAAUCUGGCGUUGAGCUUGAGUUUGACAGAGACACAGGUCAAAAUUUGGUUCCAAAACCGCAGAACGAAGUGGAAAAAGCAGAACCCUGGGAUGGACGUCAACAGCCCAACCGUGCCACCCCCCUCAGCUGGGGGAUUCCCCUCCGGCCCCUACCCUGGAGGGCUGCUAUACUCCCACGGGGUUCCCUACCCCUUCACAGGCCCGGGACCCUACGCGCCAUACUUCCACCACCUUGCAGCGAACCACCACCAUUCUCAUGGGAGUCUGGGACAUUCCCACACGUGAUUGUGGCAGCGCCCAGGGUCCCAGGAUCCUAGGGUUGAUAAGGAAAAUGACAGCCCGUGCGGUCUGUCAAAUUGAAGUGACAGUGACAGUUAGUGUUGAGGUGUUGGCAGAACACAA